AUGCUAGCAUGCAUUCUGCAAAAGACCAAGGAGUGGAAAUGGCAGGAAGCAGAAGAACAAGGAGUGGAAAUGGAAGAAUUUGAAGCAGAAGAGAGUGCUGAAAGUGACUCUAGCCAUGAUACUGUAAAUGAGAUGAGUGACGUUAAGAAGAAAGAUUUGCAAAUUUUAUGUGAUGUUUCUUUCUGGGAGAUACCAGUUCCAGAUCAUUUUCGGGUUGAAAUCAUCAAAAGGGGAAGUGCUUCUUUCCAGAACAAAGAUGGGCCUUUCAGUGUUGCGGCAAGGCAAGAUGCAAAAGCAAAGGGAGAUGUGUGCCAGCUUUCAAAAGAUUGGUUUUACAAGAUGAUGCCAAAUGGCAAGAAAAUUCUGCAGUCAUGGAUGGUUUACUCACUCGUCAAUGAGAAUUUAUACUGGUUUUGCUGCCGACUGUUUGCCGUUAGUGCUACAGAUACGACAUCCAAAUUUGUGACUGGGUUUCAGAUGUGGUGGAAACUGAGCCCGAAAGUACAUAACCAUGAGACGUCCGAACAGCACCUACGUUGCCUUGAAAAGUGGAAAACAUUGGCAGCAGGACUUAGGCUGCACAAAACCAUUGACGCCAAAACUAUUGCUUUGAUGGAAAUGGAGAAGGAAAAGUGGAGGGACAUCUUGCACAGAUUGCUUGAUAUCACAUUGUUUCUUGCCAAGCAGAAUCUGGCAUUCCAUGGCCACAAGGAAGAUGAAUCUUCAUUGAAUAAAGGGAACUUUCUUGAGAUGGUUGAGAUGCUUUCAAAAUAUGAUCCAGUGCUGAAAGAGCACCUAAUGAGAUUAAAGCGGAGCACAUGUAAACUUAAAGUAUCAGUCUCUUAUCUUGCACCAAAAACUCAGAAUGAGUUUAUAAGCGCCCCGGCAAAUCAUGUGAAGGAGAUGCUUGUCAAGGACAUAAAGUCUACAAAGUACUUUGGGAUCAUGUUCGACAGCACACCUGACAUAUCACAUACUGACCAGAUGUCCAAAGUGAUCAGAUAUGUAAAAAUCAACAAUAGGAAAGUUGAAGUGAAAGAAGUAUUUCUAGGAUUUUUCCCUUUAAAGGGGAAAAAAGCUGCUGACCUCAGUUCUGACAUUCUUAAAAAUCUGGAAAGUGAUGGACUGGACAUAAUGAUGUACAGCGCUCAAGGUUACGAUAAUGCUGCCACUAUGGCUGGAAUCCAUGGAGGUGUACAAGCCAUUCUUAAGGGAAACAACAAGAAAGCUAUUUUUAAUGGAUAUCAGAUCAAGAGCCACCAAGGAAGUAGCAGCCAUGCUUGA